CGCAUCUUUCCGGACACAAACAACAUUAGUGAAAACAUGGAUGUGGAGAGUGGUAUUUGUCAGGGAAACGGGGACUCUGGUCCUAGUGAGUCCGCCAUUAAGAUCCCCGACAGGAUGCUGAAACGGGAACAGGAUAGGCUCGAGGACGUGGAGAGAAAGAAAGAGGCGAAAAAUAGCCAGUCAGUCACGGAGGAGAAGAGUGGGUUCUUCACCGCGACGUUCGGUAGUGAAAGGGCGGCUAUCGAGGAGUUACUGGCGGGCUGCUCGGGGGCUACUGACCGCGCCCUGGCCACCCAAACCUUGGAGGAAGUGACUACUAAAACACAGCACCUCCAGAAGUUUCUAAAUGAUAGCAUGGUGUUUUUACCGCAGUACGAGCUGAGACAGGCCCAGGCGGCGCUCCAGAAACUACAGAACUCUCUGGCCGAGAAGAGAAACGAGAUUCUCCCCAAGAAGAAGUUCGCCUUCAGGUCGCGCGCAGCAAAUACACCCAAAGUAGACCCACCAGCUCCACCUGUAACACCUAAGGAUUCUGGCCGAACUAAAGUGGAAGGAGCCAUAAGCCCGCUAGAGCAGUGUGGCUUCUCCCACUUUGAGACCCAGGUAACAGUCCCUAACAUAACAACAUUAAUUAAAUCAUUUCUUCUGAGAAUGUUUGUCUCUAGUCAAUUGUGAUUUAGAUUCUACUCUUUGCAGGUAUGUAUCUUAAAUCUCUGAUGACCACUGUUUAUUUUUGGCAGGUGCUGACCAAGUCAGGGGAGGAGAUUAAACAACAGGACGUUCUACUGACCCACCUGACCAACUGCAAGGUCAGACUCCUGGGCUCCCCCAGCACCGUCCACAUCAAACACGUCCAGAACUGUGAAAUCUUCUCUGGGCCGGUGUCCAGCUCUGUGUUCGUGGACCACUGCACCGGCAGCACCCUCUCCUUCCCAUGCCAGCAGCUACGGACUCACCACACCACCGACACACAGGUCUAUCUGCACGUCACCAGCCGCGCCAUCAUAGAGGACUGUCAAGGGGUGCGCUUCGCCCCCUUUGCCUGGUCCUACCCGGGUCUGGACCAGGACUUCAAGGUGUCUGGUCUGAACCGGGAGAGUAACAACUGGAACCAGGUGGAUGAUUUUAACUGGCUGGCCUUAGGGACCCAAUCUCCUAACUGGUCUGUCAUUCCAGAAUCUGAGAGAAGAACUGAAUGGGACUCCUAGAGACAUUAGUAUACAAAGAGCAUGUCAAUAAAACAAAUUAAGUUUUCUUAUUUUCACUCAGCCCUGAUGUGACAAAGCCUUACGCAACUUUGUUUUUCAUGUGAUUUUAUGCUGUGUUGUUCCAUAGUAUUCCGUAGUUCCAUAGAUGUCCUGACAGGGUUGACCAUAAAAAAAUAUUAUUGGGUAAUAUUCAUGGUAGCGUGCUGCCUGAAAUCUUUUUAACAUUUCCUCACAGGGAGGAAAAAGUUGACGCAUUACUGCUUUCUCACUACCCUACUCUGGGCAAUAAACAGAGAAUAUGUUAACCACAUGCAAUGUACUGUUACACAGUUCAUUACAUGUUCAUUUCAUCAGAAAGGACCACCUUAGUCCUUAAAAGAACUAACAACGCCACCUUAUAUUUACAAACAGCACUUGUUCUGUCAUUAUUCUCCCAUCUGUAAAGCACUAUACACCUCCAAUGUAUCUGUUCUUCUGACUGUAUGUGGUCUGGAGUGAUACUAGAGAUGUGAAUAAAGGGUUUGGCUGACACUCC